AGUGACAUAGAUCGGUGGAGGGAAAUAAGGGAGGAUUAUCAAAGAUUGGCGAUUUUAACGAAAACAGUCGAUAACGCCAUAGGAAAUAUAACAUGUUUAUGUUUUGCCAGUAAUUUGACUUUUAUUAUAAUACAAUUGUUUAACAGUUUACGAUUUCGCAAAGAUUUAAUAGACAAAUUUUACUUUUUCUUCUCUUUCGCGUUUUUGAUUGCGAGGACGUUUUGUGUAUGCCUAUAUGCAGCAUGGAUUAACGACGAAAGUAGGGAACCGAUUUAUAUUCUUGCCGACGUUUCGUCAGAAUGUUUCAACGUUGAGGUACACCAACAAUUACUAAUUUUUAUCGAAGAAGUUUAAAUAAAACAGUAUCCAGUAGAAAG